CGCCGAUUAAGCGUCGCGAUGGAGUUGAGAUCAAUCCUUGCGUCGACCUUGCUGGUCCUGGUCGCUUUGGCCGGUGCCAUCUCGGCCCAGGACCACCUCCAGCCCGCAGGCGCCGUCUAUCAGGAGCAUACUCUGACACAGCCAUAUCUAACGAGUGGCCUGGUCAUGCCCUUUUGGGAUUUUAUUGGUCAUGCCGUCAUUAGCGACGAGUUUAUUCGCCUCACCCCAGACCGCCAAUCCAAGCGUGGUGGUUUGUGGAACAGCAAGCCUGUCUCCGUGUCUGAAUGGGAGGUCUUGGUCGAUUUCAAGGUCCAUGGCCAGGGCAAGAACCUCUAUGGCGAUGGCUUCGCCUUUUGGUACACCAAGGAAAAGAACAUGCUGGGCGAUGUUUUUGGCUCCAAGGAUCACUGGACAGGCUUGGCCAUCUUCUUUGAUACCUACUCCAACCAACAGCUGCAUCACCAAGAGGGCGCUUACGUGUCGGCUUUGAUCAACGACGGCACCAUUGAUUACGAUCAUGAUGCGGAUGGCACCCACCAACAGAUGGCCUCGUGCACUGCCAAACUUCGUAACAAGGACCAUGCCACUCGCUUCCGCGUCAGCUACCGGUCCAACACCCUCAAGCUGGAGUUGGACGUGGAAAACGCCAACGAGUGGACCGAGUGCUUCUUCGUGCCCGAUGUGAACCUGCCCCCGAACUACUACUUUGGCAUCUCAGCGGCCACGGGCGAUCUUGCCGAUAACCACGAUGUGAUCAGCGUUCGCACUUCCGACCCUCCUCCCUUGACUGAAGGUGAACAAGAUCGUGUCAAGGCGCUCGAGGCUUCUGGCGAGAAAAUGGGCACAGACGAUGGCCAGGAUAAGUUUGCCGAUGCUCUGAAGAAGAAAACACCCUUUGCUCGCUUCCAUGAACGGGCGCGCCGCCACAUCGGUGAGCAGCGCAAGCGCACUGAUUUCAAUCAGGCCAAGAAGAAGGAUCCUGUCCUGGCCCGCCUCUCGCGUGAACGCGACUCUUCGGGCCCUUCCAGCUUCUUGCUGUGGGGCGUUCUCAUUGUUGUUCUCAUCGCUGGCAUCGGCGGUGUCUAUUACAAGACCCAAGUCUACGACAAGAGCAAAAAACAACACUUUGAGUUUUAAAUUCCGAUUCCAGGCAAAUUGUUUUUUUUUUUCCUAAAGAUCCGCGGACGUUGCCCUUGGCUGCCUCCAACUCGACAUUUCUUAUUGGGGAUCACGGAGACUUUGAGUGCUGGCGUCAUGGAUCAUGCCCAACCAAUCGACAUUGUAUCUUGGGG